AUGGAAACUCGUGGAUCAAAAUGCAGUUCCCGGUGGGGUGUAUUCGCAUCGGAAUGUGAAGCGGAAGCAUCGCACGGUGAGUGCAGCGCACGAUGCCGCGAGCUUAUGAAUGAAACAUUGAAAACGCAGCAAGGUGCGACAUUCGCUAGCUGUACCUGCACCGACAAAGAAGAUAAAUUGUGCGUCCAUCUUAAGGAUGUCAUCCUACAGACCUGCAUCACGGUGAGUCUUUUGCAGUCGUCUUUACCUUGGUGCGAUUAUCAUCUAACUCUCUUUGGAACAAUUAGUGUUUUAGCAGAACUCUGGCAAAAGUUGAGGAGGCAAGGUACCAUGCAUGCAGCAGAGUGA